AUGGCUCCAGUCUCGGUCUCUUCCUCUGGUAUAGGUGUCUCUCAUCUACCUAAUCAGCGACACAAGAUUGUCACCAAGCGUGGUGCAAAGUUCACCGUCAUGGUGUGUGGCGAAUCGGGCGUUGGCAAAACGACCUUUGUGAAUACUCUUUUUACUGCUUCCAUCAAGGAUCACAAGAACCCCGCUAAGCGACAUGCAAAGCAACUCGAUCGUACCGUUGAAAUCGAAAUCACCAAAGCUGAACUCGAAGAACAAAUGUUCAAGGUCAAAUUGAGCGUUAUCGAUACACCCGGCUUUGGUGAUUAUGUCAACAAUCGCGAUAGUUGGCUACCUGUCAUUGAAUUCAUUGAUGAUCAGCAUGAAAACUAUAUGCGUCAGGAACAGCAACCCAGUCGUCAAGGUAUCAUCGAUAUGCGCGUCCACGCUUGUCUCUACUUUAUUCGACCUAAUGGUCACGGUCUCAAGCCAUUGGAUAUCGAAAUCAUGAAACGUCUUGGAUCCCGUGUCAAUCUUAUCCCUGUCAUUGCCAAAGCUGAUACGCUCACUCAAAAGGAUUUGACGGUGUUUAAGCAAAAGAUUCUCGAGACGAUUGAAGCUCAAAACAUCCGCGUGUAUUCAUGCCCGAUUGAGAGUGAUGAUGAGGACACCACCCAACGCAACAAGGAUAUCAUGUCAGCCAUGCCUUUUUCUGUUAUUGGUUCAACACAAAUGGUGCAAACGCCCGAUGGUCGUCAAGUAUUGGGUCGUCAGUAUGCUUGGGGAUGUGCCGAGGUUGAGAAUGAACAACAUAGUGAUUUCAAAAAGCUACGCAACUUGUUGAUCCGCACCCACAUGCUCGACCUUAUUUCCACCACCGAGGAAACCCAUUAUGAAAACUACCGUCAGGAACAAAUGGCCAGUCGCAAAUUUGGUGAACCAAAGGUGACCAAAUACGAGAAUCCUAAGCAUCGUGAAAAGGAAGAAGCAUUACGCAAGGUGUUUACCGAGCAAGUCAAAACCGAAGAGAACCGCUUCCGUCAUUGGGAGCAGCAGCUUAUCCAAGAACGUGAUCGACUCAAUAAGAAUUUGGAAGAGCAACAUGCUCAAAUCAAGGCACUUGAGAAUGAUUUGGAGCAGCUUUAUUAUCAACAAGGACGCAGCACUUUUAGAAGGUAA